UAUCCUUGUCCGGAGUGUGGUACUCAAGCCGCCAAACAAGCCGCUUGAAACGCCAUUUUCUUUUGCGUUCGCUCCCCUUCUCUACAGUUGCUGAAGUGUGAGUGGGCAGAGGCUUGCAAAGCCGAAAUGCAGAAUGUUAGGAGUUUGUUAACAAGGCGUUGUCGUCACAAGCUAACCCAGUGCAAGAGAAGCCUAUCCUCGCUUCCAAUAAAUUCAUCUGCCGAUGAUCUUCAAAAUCAAGUGCUGGUUCAAGGCAAAGCUAGUUCUCGAAUAGCGAUUCUCAACAGACCGUCUUCGCUCAAUGCUCUCAAUACAAAUAUUGGUGCUAGGUUACAUGAAUUGUACGCAUCUUGGGAAGACGAUCCCAAUAUAGGGUUCGUGGUCAUGAAGGGCAGUGGAAGGGCAUUUUGUGCCGGUGGAGAUAUUGUUGCCCUUUAUCAUUUGAUAAAUGAAGGGAAGAUAGAAGAGUCUAAGGAUUUUUUUAGGACGUUGUAUAGUUUUAUAUACCAUCUAGGUACAUAUUUGAAGCCGCAUGUGGCUAUUUUAAAUGGAAUUACGAUGGGUGGUGGAGCUGGUGUUUCAAUUCCUGGGACAUUUCGGCUUGCAACUGGUAGAACUGUUUUUGCUACCCCUGAAACUCAGAUUGGUUUCCACCCUGAUGCAGGAGCAUCCUUUUACCUCUCUCAUCUACCUGGUCACUUAGGGGAGUACUUGGGUCUGACAGGAGAAAAACUCAGUGGAGCUGAAAUGAUUUCUUGCGGGCUUGCAACACACUACUCACACACCGAGACGCUUCCACUGAUUGAAGAAGAGCUUGGGAAUUUGGUCACAGAUGAUCCUUCUGUCAUUGAAUCUUCUUUGGAGAAAUAUAGUGAUGUAGCCUAUCCUGAAAAGAUCAGUGCACUGCACAGGAUUGAAGUGCUUGAUAAAUGUUUUAGGCAUGACACCGUUGAGGAAAUUAUUGAUGCUUUGGAAAAGGAGGCAUCUGCAACAAAUGACCCAUGGUGCAAUUCCACAUUAAAGAAACUUAAAGAAGCUUCACCAUUGAGCUUAAAGGUUUCCUUGAGAUCGAUACGAGAAGGCAGAUUUCAAACCCUUGACCAGUGCUUGGCUCGUGAGUAUCGGAUGUCCCUACAGGGGAUAUCUAAGCGAAUCUCUAGGGACUUCUCUGAGGGUGUUAGAGCACGAGUGGUGGACAAGGACUUUGCACCAAAGUGGGAUCCUCCAAGCUUGGAGAAAGUGUCCAAGGAUAUGGUGGAUCAGUACCUUGCACCCCUCAGUGAAUCUGAGCCAGAUCUAGAGCUCCCCACGAAACAGCGGGAAGCAUUUAGCUAGUUGCGAUGGAUCGUCAUGCCAAAAGU